AUUUUGUGAUAACAAGAAAAAAGCUUUAUCAACAAAUUUUGAUUUUUUGCUGAUUUCAAAAUUUUUUCUCGCGGAAUUAUGCGAAAUAAUCGUUAUUAAAAUUGAAUGUCGAUCUCAUUCGUGAUGUGAAGAAAUGAUUUACUUCAAGUUAUCGUCACAACGUAUUAGUUUGUAGCUUGAUCUAUCCGUAUAUCAAUGCUUACAAACGAAACAAGAAUGUCUUCCGUGUUUUUUCAAAGAUGACGAAUACGCAUCGAUUCUGAAUGAAUUCGUCGUCUGAGAUGAAGGAAUCAACAUCUGGGAAGAAAUCAGAACUACACAAUGGAGAAAAGGAUGCAUUCCCGAAGCAUAUAAUCACUAUUCAAGGUGAAUCAUUACUUUACAAAUGCACAGUUUGUGACAAGACAUUUAAAACCAAGUCGAACUGUUGUUACCAUAAACAUUGCGCAGAUGAUAGCGAAAAACCAUAUACCUGUUCUACGUGUAAUAGAAAAUUCUCAUCGAAAACACAUUUCGAUUAUCAUAGUCUCAUGCACACUGGAGUAAAUCCAUUUAAGUGUGACCAAUGUGAUAAAUCAUUCAAAACUAGAAACAAGCUGCUUCGUCAUAAAGAAGUGCAUUCGGAUAAAAGGAAACUCUACAAGUGCGACCUGUGUGACAGAUCGUUCUUGAGAAAAACUUCAAUUAAGGUUCAUCGCAAAAGUCACACCGGAGAGAAACCAUAUAGUUGUCCUCAUUGUUCCAAGGCAUUCAGCGAAAAGAAAAAAUUAAUUAAUCACAUUAGUUCGCAUACCGGUAUAAAAGAUUGGAUUUGCGAAGUAUGCGGUAAAUCAUAUUCGAUAAAAUGGAAUUUAGAAUUACACAAGCGAACGCAUUCCAAAACACGUCCGUAUUAUUGCGAAAAAUGUCAACAAUCGUUUUCUCAAAAUCGCUACCUAAAACGUCAUAUGGAAACACACAAAAAUUCAGUCAAAUACUUAUGCAAUUUAUGCGAUAAAGAAUUCAGCCGAAAAGAUAACUUACAACGGCAUAUCGUCAACACUCAUCUCGAAUACGCGAAUCCUACCGCCGUCAAAGUGGAAAAAAUCGCUAAAUCAUAUAUCACCAAAGUCGUAGCUAACGAUGAGGAACCAAUACCUGCCGAACCGCAACCACCACCGGCACCUCUUAACGAGGAACCAAAACUUGCCGAACCCCAAUCCGUGAUAAAAUCAUUGACUAAAACGCGAGAAAUUAUCGAUUACCAAUACCAAGAUCUACAACCUCAAUUUGAACGAAUAUCCGUUAUUAAAACUAUCGGUAAAUCAUCGCGAGAGAACCAAGACGUCAUCGAACCCCCUACUCCAACAAUUGAAGAACCUCCUCAACAACAACAAGUACCCGAACCUCCUCUACAACUAGUACCCGAAUGUCAACAGAUUGCCAAUGAGGAACCUCAUCAGUUAUCGCAAUGCCAAGAGAUCGCCAAUUUUGAACCUGACUUAUCGCAAUUCCAACAGCUUGCUAAUAUGGAACCUCAAUUAGCCGAUCCUGUUUUAGAUCAAAUCGCUUAUGAUUUAUCUUCCAAAGAUCCUACUCCGGUCACGAAUAGAUCUGCGGAUUAUUGUGAUUUCGCUCACGAUGAUUUUGCUUCGUAUUCCAGUUCAAAAGAGAUGAUGAAAUCACCUCGAUGUUUCCUGCCAAAGAAAUUGAUCACUGCCUCUUAUAAAGAAAGAUCUACUUACUCAGGUCGAAAUAGUUUUACGGCGACUAAAAGCGUUAUAAUGAAUAUUGAUAAAUAUUAAUCUAGAGUAUUCGAUUAAUUACCACUUUCAAGGGAACCUUUACCACUCGUCGAUUUCGAUCCAGCUAAAAUGGUGGAAAUAGCUUAUUGGUACCUAUAUUAAUUUUCUACAAAAGAAGCAAACGUAGAAAUGAAAAUCUGAAACUCGGUUUUUAUACUCAAGUCGAUCCCUUCUCUCUCCCUCAAUCAAUCGGAACCAUUUCCAAGUCGAUCUGAAGCCUCCAGCAAAAGCUGGCUUUUCUCCAGCAAUUUAAAAUCGCUCCAGAAGACGUUGUAAUCAACUUUGGCAGCUGAAAAUUGAACGCAAAUCCGAGGUGACGAAUUGAGAAGUGUAGGUACUUUUUUUCCAAUUGAAAAUCUCAAAUUGUAAAAAAAUCCAAAAUUGCCAAUUUUAGCAACAGAUUACUCAAAACUUUUGCUAGGUAUCCGCUAAAAUUGAUCUUCCAAAUCGAUUGGCACCAUUUUCAGCUGAUCUGAAGCCUCCAGCAAAAGUUGACUUCUCUUCAGCAAUUUCAAAUCGCUUCUGAAGGCUUUGUAAUCAACUUCGGCAGAUGAAAAUUUGGUUCUGAAGUCUUGGUGAUAUGCUCUCUAAGUGAACCAAAUUUCAGCUCGA